AUGUCGCAGCCCAUAAUGGUCUCUGGCACAAUAUCGGCCGCGAUGCCAAUACCGGCAAAACGUUGGACCUAUCUGAACAAUGUUCUUCAAAAUCCGGGACCGUUCACAAAUCCAGACUAUGAUGCGAAUGAGGUUGCAGACCGUAUGUCAAAUAUGAAGUUACUAGGCGCUGGUGGUCUUGGUUGCGAAAUCCUGAAGAAUCUUGCUCUUUCUGGGUUCAAGGACAUCCAUGUCAUAGAUAUGGAUACCAUUGACGUCUCGAACCUAAACCGCCAGUUCCUUUUCAGACACAGUGAUGUUGGCAAAUCGAAAGCCGAAGUUGCAGCCAAGUUUGUGGAGAAGAGGGUGAAGGGAGUUAAGAUCACGCCGUACAACUGCAAAAUCCAGGAUUUCGAUGAUGCCUUCUACCUGCAGUUCCAAAUGGUUGUCUGCGGUUUGGACAGCAUUGAAGCUCGACGAUGGAUUAACUCUACGCUUGUGAACCUAGUAGACAUGGAGAACCCAGAGAGUCUGAAACCUCUGAUUGAUGGAGGCACCGAAGGCUUCAAGGGACAAUCUCGAGUCAUAUUUCCUACCUUGACCUCUUGUAUAGAAUGUCAGUUGGACAUGCAUGCACCGCGGGCCGCCGUCCCUCUUUGUACACUCGCAACUAUCCCUCGCCAACCGGAACACUGCAUUGAGUGGGCUCAUAUCAUUGCUUGGGAACAAGAAAAACCGUUUCCAAAAUUGGACAACGAUGACCCCGAGCACAUUACCUGGUUAUACAAGAAAGCGUUGGGCCGAGCUGCAGAGUUUAAUAUCACAGGGGUCACAUACUCUUUGACACAAGGUGUGGUCAAGAAUAUCAUCCCAGCUAUUGCGUCAACAAAUGCUAUCAUUGCUGCAAGUUGCUGUAAUGAAGCUUUCAAGAUCGCAACAUCAACGAAUCCGUCCCUUGGACCAGAAGAUAAUUAUAUGAUGUACAGUGGAAAUGACAGCAUUUACACGUACACAUUCAAGCACGAGAAGAAACCUGAUUGUCCUGUUUGCGGAAACCUGGCCCGAGACCUGGAAGUCGAUCCGACUUUGACCUUGGACGAAUUCAUCCAGUCUUUGGCUGUCAGACCAGAGGCGCAGUUGAAGAAACCAUCCAUUCGUUCGGAAGCCAAGACUCUCUACAUGCAAAGCCCAGAGAGUUUAAGGCUCAAGACGGCGCCGAAUCUGGAAAAGAAGGUGGGAGAUCUGGUUGUGGAUGGAGAGGAGAUUGGAGUUUCCGAUCCCUCUUUGGGCUCAGUGGAUUUUAAAUACAAGCUCAAGUUCUCGAAGCUUUUCACAACUGCUACUAAUGCUGCUGCGGAAAAGGCCAAUGGAAAUGGAACAACUGCGUGA